CUGUGCCACCGGCCCGGGUGAACACCACGGCGGGGUGGUUACCGCGGGCAGGGGCCGGGCUGCCGCUCGGGGGCCGCUGGCGGGCCCGGGUCUCCGGAGGCCCCGCGCGGUGCCGGCCCCGCCGAGCCCCGCAGGCCGCGCUGCCGCGGCGCCCCGGCCCUGGCGGCGGCAGCGCCCCCCGCAGCAGAGGCGCGGUCCCGCUCCAGACCCGCCCGCCGGGCCGCCGCGCCCGGGACCCGGUGCCGCCGCUCGGGGACGGGCCGGGGAAAAGGAGGAGGAGGAGCGGCGGCCGCGGUGCCGGCCGCGGCGCGGGCCUGCUUGCCGCCGCCAUGAGCGCCGCGCAGGCCGCGGGGGAGGAGGCGGACGCCGCCGCGACCCCGGCACUUCCCAGGGUGCUCUCGGCGCUCUUCUACGGGACGUGCUCCUUCCUCACCGUGCUGGUCAACAAGGCGCUCCUCAGCGCCUACAGCUUCCCAUCACCAAUGUUUCUUGGAAUUGGACAGAUGGCAGCCACUAUACUUAUCUUGUAUGUGUCAAAACUAAAUAAGAUUGUUCACUUCCCUGAUUUUGACAAAAGUAUACCUGUGAAGUUGUUUCCUCUGCCUCUGAUUUAUGUUGGAAACCACUUAAGUGGAUUAUCAAGUACCAGCAAACUCAGUUUGCCGAUGUUUACAGUGCUCAGGAAGUUUACCAUUCCACUUACUUUACUGCUGGAAAUCAUCAUACUUGGGAAACGGUACCCACUGAAUAUUAUAGUCAGCGUAUUUGCCAUCAUUCUUGGGGCUUUCAUAGCCGCUGGGUCUGACCUGUCUUUCAAUCUGGAGGGUUACAUCUUUGUGUUGCUAAAUGAUAUCUUCACAGCAGCAAAUGGAGUUUAUACAAAGCAGAAAAUUGAUCCAAAGGAGUUGGGAAAAUAUGGUGUCCUGUUUUAUAAUGCUUGUUUCAUGGUGAUUCCAACAGUUAUUAUUAGCUUUUCUACUGGAGACUUUCAGCAGGCAACACAUUUCCAGCACUGGACAAAUUUUUUAUUUGUCUUUCAAUUUAUUCUUUCCUGCUUGUUGGGGUUUCUCUUGAUGUAUUCUACUGUCCUGUGCAGUCAUUAUAAUUCUGCACUCACAACAACAGUAGUUGGUGCCAUCAAGAAUAUAUCCAUUGCUUACAUUGGAAUGUUGAUUGGUGGAGAUUACAUAUUCUCCAUGUUAAACUUUUUAGGGCUAAAUAUUUGUAUGGCAGGAGGACUGAGAUACUCAUUUUUAACAUUAAGAGGAAACAGCAAGCCUACGCAACCUGGGGAUGAAGAGAAUGCACGUCCAGUGUCAAAGAGUUAGACAAAGUGCCUGCCUUGAAAGAGACUGAAGAUACAUGUUUAUUUAGCAUUGCCAAGACCUUAAAUAAAUACAUGCUGGAACAUACUUGGAACAACAGCAAAAAGUCUACCUCAGUUGUCACCAUCCUGCACACAAUUCACAGGCUCAGAAAUAUUCUUGAACAUUUUUUACAUGCAAACUAGUUUGAUUUUAGCUUUUUUUACUUUGCAAGCUGUUUUAUAGGAAGGAAUUCUAUGAGCAAAUCUGAAGUUGUAAAUUUCUGCAUUUACCUGUGCUUGGGUGCUAUUUCAGCAAGAUCUUUUGAGUUCUGUUUCAGUGACUGCCAGUAGUUUCUUGAGGCAAAACUCCCUGUAAAGAUCAUGAGGCUUGAUUCACCAUUGCCUUAUGCCACAUGCAAUCCUUGAUAUCAGUGAGGAGAUGAAAGAUCCUAUUGGUUCAGAUUUAUUUUUCACAUGUAUUUGCUCUUGGGUAAGUGAUACAGAACAUAUGGGACAAAGAGGAUAUUUGCCCCCAGAUUGUUCCCUGUGUAAGUGUCAACUAAAAAAUUCAGACUAUGUCUGUGUGUGUACAUUGUGUAGGCAUUCUCUCUGUGUUUCUCUCAUCCUCAAUCACACCAUUGUCAUUGUUGUUAUAAAUGAGCCAUUUGCUUUGCAGCAAAUCAUGGGGAGUAGGGAAAUGACAGGGGUUUUUUUAAUAUUUAAAGAUUUUGUGUGUGUGUUUGUGAGCCACUACCAACAAGUCUGCUUUUGUUAAGGUACAUUUUUCUUUUUAUAUCACAGUCCCCUCCUCUCACAUUUUGUCUGUAGCCACCUUGCUGCAGAGAAGUGGUGCUACUAUGUACAAAUAUAGUUGGGAAGGGAAACAGAUAUGUGGAAGACUGACUUGUGUUUAAAUAAGGAGAAAUUGCUAGUGUCCUGUUGUGUCCUAUAUAGACAGUAAAAGCUUAUCUGGUUUAUGCUUUCAGUUUCUAACCAAGGAAUCAUAAUGAGGCUGGGGAUUACUAGAGCAGGCACCGCUGGUACAGCGGUUAAGAGGCCCAGACUGAUGGUCUGAGUUAUCUGAGUGGUGGGACAAUAACACCCAUAUCUAUAUUUCAGUAACACCUGUAUCUAUAUUUCCUUCUUUGAAAAUACUUGAUAAUGCUUACCUGUGUAUCUGAGGAUAAAAUGUUAACCUUUGAAAAUGUGAUAAGAGCGCUGAAGUGUUGGAAGACAGCAGAGAAAUUAAUCUUUUUGAAGCUCUCAAUUCCCUGUGAGCAUGAGCCAAGAUUUUUGAAAAUAAUCAAAUCAAAAGAAGAAUUUGAAAUACUUUGACAUGGAACCAGGGUGGUCUAAUGAUUUAUUUGAUCCUCACUUGAAUUAAAAUACAUCUAAGAGAAUCUGAAAAGCAUUACUCUGUGUGUAGCACAUCAAUAACCAGUCUGAAUUAGAUCUGAGAAACACAUGGGUAACUCACACCAGAAGCUUCAGGACUGUAUGGAUUUGAAUGACAAGAGGAGCAGUGACUGCAGAUGCUAGAAGUGCCAUUUAAAGGCACAGUCAAAGUGAGAAGAGAAAUCUGAACUAUCCAUUUUCUCACAGCUGGCUGAGAAUGUGACUUUCAUUUUCUAUCUGCUGAACACCUUUGGAGGGAAAGUGUUGCUGCAAAUAUUUUUUGGUGAUAUUCUGUUUUUAAAGUUUUCCUUUAUGCUUAAAAACCUUCAAUAUUUUUGAGUGUAUUAUUUUAUAAGCUUCCUCUUUCUUCAGAUCAUCUCUACCUCUACAAUUCCAAUUACUGAACCUUAACUCUCUGCCAUGAGACAAGGUAUUGGAAGGUUUUCAUUAAUUAUGAAAUCAGUAUGAGUGCCAUUAAAGUGCAAUACUGAUGGACACACAAAGGCAUCUGCUAAAUAAGGUGUAGUUCCCACAAAGGAACACCUAACAUAUGCAUAUAAUUCAUUAAUUAUAUUUUGCUGUACCUUUUAUAAAUAAAUGAUACAGAUUACAGUUUUAA